UAUUUAAUUAAGCGGCCGCUCAGUUAAUUAUAUAUCAGGUAGUGUCCGUGUUGGUUCUACUUUGUACUUUCUCCAUGGAAGCAUCUUGUAAGCAGAGCUCUAAUACCAUGGCGCAACCAAAGCAGGAAGAGGAAGAUGAAGAGAUAAACAUAUGCGUGAAGAUAAUUAAAACUCUGAGUUUACAGAUUAGUAAAUUUGAAACUGUUUUGGGACUCAAAGCAUUACUGUGCAAUAAGGAGGGAAUACCAGAGCGUCUUCAGGAGCUGUUUGUCAACGGCAAUCAUCUCAAGGAUUACCAUUUGACACUUAUUGAUUAUGGAAUCUGCAGUAACACCACUGUGAGUGCAUACGUUGGAAAUUCGGAGGUACUGACAUUGACUAUCAAGAUACCAUGCAGGAAUAUAGAUCUUGUCGUUGAAGUGAAACCUCAGGCUACGGUCCAGAAUAUCAAGGCUCUGAUUGAGGAUUCCAAAAACCUCGGCUCAGAUGAGUUCAGUCUGGUUUGUUCUGGGAGGGUGUUGGAGGAGGAGAAGACUCUAGCGUUUUUUGGCAUUACUAGUGGAUCGACGCUUUACGUGGUGUUAAAUCCUAGAGAUGUGUUGCAGGUUUCAGUGAAGAUGUUGAGUGGAGAAACUGUGAAAAUAAAGGCGAGGGCGUUGUAUACAAUACUGGAUGUAAGAAGUUUGGUUGAGAGCAAAGUUGGUUAUUCAGUGGGGGUUCUCAGCUAUGGUGGAAAGAAGCUCAAGGAUUCAAAUUCGGUGUUGCAUUAUAAUAUCAAAGAUGAAUCCAUCUUAGAGGUACUUCCACCAACUACUAAAUGUUGUAACGAUAAUGAACUUUCGAUGUUGAAACGCAGGCGGGCCUUGUAGUAACCCUCAAGGCCGGGAAAGGUUUGUUCAAUGUUGGUGGUACCGGGUGGAGAAGGCAAUGGAAGGGGCAAUACUAGAUUGCCAUGAUUCUUGUACCUUUAAUUUGUCUCCUCAAAAUUUAUCCAAAUAUUUUAGAUAAU